CGGCAUAAUUUUGCUAUGGUAUAUGUUGUCUCAAGCCAGUGGUUGGAUUGUGUCCCCAUGACCUCAGGAUUUGGUCCUAUAGGUUUGGCCCAUUUGACUUUCCCUCUCGGGCCACAGCUUGUUCUUGGGCAAGGCUUUGGUGCUAUUAUGUUUCUCUGACGUAUCUCUUUAAGACUCUUGGCCACUGGGAUGAUAAUGGUCUCCUUGAAGAAAAUGGGAACUCCAGCCUGUGGUGGGGACAAUUUGAAGAUUCUGUCUGUAAAGACACCUGGCACCUUAAUUGGCCCAUAGUAAAGAUGCAACCAAGGAUGCCAUCUGAGCUCACAGCAUUGUAAAUGUUCAAUAUUGUAAGUGUCCUUCCUUUCAGCCUCAGAAAGCGAAAGCACCUGGUAAUCGGGAUCAACAAGGGUUUUUCUGAUUGGUUCAGUAUUGUCAGCCUCAAAGCAAGCAUAGAAUAUGAUGAUCUCAUCCCAUAGGGAGGCUUCAAUAGGCCUCAUGCAGCUCAAUUUGACUUUGUGGUCUAUGAUGGCAUGUAGUCCUUGAAGAAUACAGUCCACUUCACCUGUCCACCGUUUAACAGUCCCAAAUGUUGGCGGUAGCCCUCUCUUCAGCUGUUGCAUGUAGGCAGGGAGGAACAAGGAUACAUGGUCUGUAGUUUGGUGCUAGUCUGGCCAUAUGGUUUAUGUUAGCGAGUGCAAUCAAAAACUUUUAAAGUUUCAGAUCGAACCUUAAUGGUUGGACGUUUUAACUUAAAUAGUAUUUGAACACAAUCAUGUCGGACCUAUAGUUUCCUAUUUCCCAUGCGAUUGUGAAUCCAGCUGUGCUGUGCUGACAGAAAGCGACAACACAUUGUUUUUAAUUAGUCUGUCUCUGACGUUUAAUGAAUGAAAAAAUAAUGGUCUGCACCUUAGCCUCCCUCCAUUUACUUUUUGUUCUGGUUUUUGACUGAGAGCAGGGGUCGUAAUUUGUAGGGAGAAUGCAUUUAUUCAGGGCUACGAAUCACUAUACACCAACGCCGACUUCAUCCUGUCUUGGAUAGAAUCACAGAUUGUAGAAUAUGAAACAAUAUCAAGAUACGUAAAAAGUACUUCUCCCAAAUGCGCAGGUAUGAGAUUUGAUAGCGACGUUACAUAUAACAAAUAAUGCGAACAAACCCGUGGGCUAAUCGAAUCUAACAGUCCAGUCACACUGAACUGCGCACGUGCAGAUUAUCAAUGCGAGGCACUCCUUCCAUGUUUCUUUUUCUUACGUAAUGUUAAAAUGUGUCAGUUUGUAGCUUUCACGUAGUUAAUGACACUUUCAGCAACUUGCACCAUGGGCUUGAAUCUAGGAUUUGCUAUUGAACUUUGAGCAAAGGACAACUAAAAACUAAUUUUUCAUUACUUUCUUUAACUUAUGAAAGCCAAAACCGAUUGGUAUGUCCAGUCCGUUUUUGAAGGGUUCCUGGACUUUUCGAGAUUUUAUGCUUUUGGGUGUGACAUUUAUGUGGCGGAACCACUGGCGGAUAGUGUUAUUAUUCGUAGUUUCCUCUCAGUCCUUAUAUUACACCUGGUAUUACAUUUGUCAGCAAAUCAACUACGGGAGACAAGAUCAAUUUAGAUUCAGCAAUGCGGACCCUUGUCAUUGGAAUAGGCGGGUAUGUGUACGUGAAAAUAUGCAAAUUUGAUCUGAAACUGUGAUCAAAUCAUAGUUAUAGAAUUCCGUUCAAUCCGACUUCUCAAUCUAAAAUGCAAAUUUUAUUUUGGACAGAGAUAGGUUAUGAGAUAUUAAAAUAAAUAAUGAAUUAUCUUAUUUUGGCACAUUUUCUUGCCUGCAAAAUCUAAAAUAAAAAAGUACUACGUUUUCUGUUAAUAUUCCAGAUAAAAUAAUUCUUAUUUAACAACUCGAUGGGUGGACCCAUUUUAAACCCUUUGAUUCUUCUGAAUUUUGAUAAAUCCUUAAAAAAAAUCUCAGUUGUACUUGGUGUGUUUUUAUUUUCUCAUUGUUCUUCUAAGUACAUUUAUUCAUAGAGAGAAAACAACAUUGGAUGUUCUGAGUCCAUGUCUCAAUUAUUAAAUCACAUCAGAAGACAACAUGUUUGAGGUCUGUAAGAAAAUGUAAAAAAAAAAAGAAGAAGAUUUGACCGCACUUCUGACCCUUUAAUUGUGCUUUUAUAGCAAUAGAGACAUUUGCUGGUCUUUGAUAAAUCUGUAUCCUACUGAUGCUGCUAUAUACAAAUAAUAAGUGUGGUAGGCCUACAUACUUCUCAUGAUGCCAGGAUGACCAAUGCGGGGAAGUCAACCUUGUCCAGUAGUCUGCAUCUGCAGAUCCCAAACAGUUGCAUCAUGGCACAGGAUGAUUUCUUCAAGGAGGACUCUAUGAUAGCUGUGGACAGCAAUGGGUUCAAGCAGUAUGAUGUGCUUGAUGCUCUCCACAUGGACAGAAUAAUGAGUGAGAUUGAAUUAUGGCAGAAGAACCCAGGUUCAUUCCUAUUGUCUCAUGGUCUAAGAACACAGUGCUCUUCAACAUCAGAAGAUUCAGAGAAUGUUUUUGUGCUCAUCGUGGAGGGCUUCCUGAUCUUCAACUACAAGCCCUUGAAUGAAUUAAUUGACAAGAGGUAUUUCCUUGAAAUUCCUUAUGACAUCUGCAAAGAGAGAAGAGGCUCAAGGAUUUAUACACCCCCUGAUCCGCCAGGAUACUUUGACGGACAUGUGUGGCCAAUGUACCUAAAACACCGUCAAGAGAUGGAGUACACAGUAUCAGAUAUUGACUUUCUGAAUGGAUUGGAGUCCAAGGAGGAUUUGUUGGAUUAUGUAUAUGCAGAUGUAACCCAGGAAAUACAGAGGCUCAUCAGGGAUGAUUGAGCUGUUUGACGAUGCAGAGCAGCCUUUUUCCUGUUAAAUACAUUUUAAUUUUAAUCCUUAAAGUUAAAUCCCUGAUGAGUUUACAUUGCUUUUAAACUUGUAAUGCAUCAGUUAUUUCAAAAACCUGUAGUAUAUAUUUUGUAUGAGCCAGAGGGGUGUAAGUGACAUUUUGGGCAAAUAUGAGUUUUAUAUAUCAAAUGAAAGCCCUGUUAACUGUUAAAAAGGGUCUUUGGUCAAAUUUUGUUUUGAAUCAUGUAAAGUUUGUUAAAAGACACAUCCCUCUGGCUCCAAAAUCCAAAAUAGUUGAGGAUUAAAAAAUCAAUAAUCAAUAAGAAGUGCAGAAAGUGCAUUUUGGAAUCUGCUCUGUUGUUUAAUGUCAGUGCUGCGUAUUUGUCUGUUAUACUGCAAUACAUUUUUUUUGAGGGGUUAAGGGACUAUGUUGAAUACCUGAGCAGUGCAAGGCAAUAAAUUUUUUUAAAUUACACGUAAAAUUUGUAAAAUUCCUUCUGCCAAGGAAGUAUUAUGUGCUAUUGUAGUUUUAAAUAAUGUUUAACAUUGCUGACUCCCAAAGUCACAACACACAGAUUGUACAGACAUAAAAUAAUGCAACAAAAGUACACAAACAGUAGCCUGCAACAGCUUUUGUGUGAUAUUGCUGUGUGUAAUAUGUUUUUACAAUAUCCCAUGUACCCAGUUGGAUUUUCUAUGCAUCUGUAAUUUAUAAUGUUGUGCCCUACUCCAAUCUUUCACCAUCCCCAUAAGCAGGUAAUGAUUACACUGCUCAAAUAUGGGGGCAUGCCAGUACCCAACAAACAUGUCAAAGUUCCAACUCCUGAUCAAUCCCAAAUGACUGUGGGUUAAUAUAGCCCCGAAAAGAAUGACAAUGUAAGAGUUUAAAAAGCUGCUAGCGCUGUUAAACCCAAUAAAAAAGGGAACAGAAUGAGAAUACCGAUGUUGUAAGAGAAAACGGUGUAGACAGAUCAAUGGCAUGUUUGAAUAAAUAAAUAGCAUUUUCUGAAAAUAUGGUAUAAAGCCCUUCCCUCAUCUUUGGGCAGAAUACGUGUUUGGCGGCCCCUUGUCCUAGAAUGUUCUAAAAACCUGGUCAGUCCCCGGGCCCAGAGUGAUGUAAUGGAUGUUAAUCAUUUGUGUUAUGCUCAUGUGUGACGUCUAUGUCAAGUAUAAACAUUUUGUAUGUAAGAAUAAUGUAUCAUAUUUUCUUAUUAGUCCAUUUGCUUGAAUUCUAGGUAGACAUCAAAGCCAUUAAUAGUUUGGAUAUCUAACAUUGCUUGUUAUCUUCUGAUUCGGCCAGUCUGAAGGUUGUAUAUGGUCUCAUUGCCAACAUAGGAAUUAUGUACAUUACGAGACAGAAAAUGAAAAGCUAGAAUUUUGUUUUUGUGUGCCUUACACUGACCCUAAAUAAACAAC